AUGAUUUUGGUACAAAUAAUCUACAGUCAAGCUACACUCACGCAGAGUUCUUUGGACAAUAACACUCUUAAACGCAUGAGUAGCGCUUGGGGAAAACGCAUGUCGUCGGCUUGGGGAAAACGUAUGUCAUCAGCAUGGGGAAAACGAGGUGAAAGUGAUAGCGAUGAACUUAAUGCUAAUAUUCUUCGAGAACUGUAUCGUCAAGGUCUUCUUAGUAAAUAUCAUUAUCCUCGAUACCCAGUUGAUUUUGACAAUGAUGUUAUCGAACAUUAUUUAGCACAGCGAAGAACAUUUAACAAUGACGACGAAACUGCACCACAAAAUAUGUCAUGA